CCUAGAUUUAAUGAUUCCACAAGUCCAUUAUUAUGUGGUGGAGCUCCACCUGACAUCCCCUGGGCUGUUAAGAUAGAAGACAAGGCCAAGUAUGAUGCCAUCUUUGACAGCCUGAAUCCAGUGAAUGGAUUAUUGUCCGGUGAUAAAGUGAAACCUGUUCUCUUAAACUCUAAGCUACCAGUUGAUGUCUUGGGAAGGGUUUGGGAGUUAAGCGAUAUUGAUCAUGAUGGAAUGUUGGAUCGGGAUGAAUUUGCUGUUGCCAUGUUCUUGGUAUACUGUGCUCUUGAGAAGGAACCUGUGCCAAUGUCCUUGCCUCCAGCGUUGGUACCACCAUCUAAAAGAAAAGGUAUCAGCAUUCCAGGUGUCGGGCAGUCAGUGCCACCUUCAACACCCAACAAAGAAUGUAGUCAGUCCAUGUUACCUGUCAGCAUAUUACCAUCCACAUCAUCAGUAACACAGUGGGUUGUAUCACCUACAGACAUGAUAACAUAUCAUGAAAUCUUCCUGCAAACAGACAAGGACAUGGAUGGCUUUGUCUCUGGUGUGGAAGCUAGAGAAUUAUUCUUGAAAACUGGCUUGCCUUCAGCUCUACUUGCACACAUCUGGGCUCUUUGUGACACAAAGGAUUGUGGGAAGCUUUCUGAGGAACAAUUUGCUUUGGCCUUCCAUUUAAUUAAUCAGAAGCUGACAAAGGGCAUUGAUCCUCCUCAGGUGCUAACGACAGAUAUGAUUCCUCCAUCAGAGAGAACCGCUUCACAAAAUAAUUUACUACGGCAAAAUUCUGUAGCAGAUUUUUCUGCAAUCAAAGAGUUAGAUUCGUUAAGCAAUGAAAUAAUUGACCUUCAAAAGGAAAAGAACAAUGUGGAGCAAGACCUGAAGGAAAAAGGAGAGACAAUCAAGCAGAGGACAAGCGAGGUCCAGGAUCUUCAAGAUGAAGUAAGGAGGGAGAGCAAUAACUUGAAGAACCUUUUGACUCAGAAGCAGGAGGCAGAAGAAAUCCUGAAUGGUCUAGAUGAAGAGAAAGCCAAGUUAGAAGAUCAGCUUAGUAUGAUACGGCAGAAAUGUACAGAAGAAGUUGAUCUAAUUACAUCUCUAAAAAAAGAAAUAGCAGAGCAAGAAUCAAAAAUCUCUGGAUAUAAGGAUGAUUUAAGUAAAGCCCAAGAAGAGCUCAGCAGGCUACAGCAAGAAGCUUCAGAGUUAGAGAAAAAUGUGGAGGAAGGAAAAUUGCAAUUAGUACCUCUCCAGCAGGAUCUUCAAGAAUCCCAACAAGAAAUAACUUCAGUGCAAGAAAAAUUGCUGGAGCUCAAACAGUUGGAAAACAGCCAGUUUAACUGGGAAGUCCAACCACAUGGCAUAUUGAUUAAUGGGAAUGCAGAUCACUCUAGCCUCAGCAACAGCAGCAGUGAAACUGUUAACCUAAAUGAGAAUGCUGAAAGUGAGAAUCCAGCAGAUUCAGAACAAGUAAAUUAUGAAACUCCUGCUAGAAAUAGUCCUGAAACAACACAUGUAGCUACAGAAGAGGAAAAAGAAGAACUGGAACUACCAUCGGAUGUUACCAAAAAAGAGGAUCUAGUAAAUGAAGACUCCCAUCAACCCUCUGAUCAGACAACAGAAGCCAACUUGGACUUUUUUGAGUCUGAUCCCUUCGUUGGUAAUGAUCCUUUCAAGGAUGAUCCAUUUGGCAAGAUUGAUCCUUUUGGUAGUGAUCCAUUUAAAGGUUCAGAUCCUUUUGCUGCUGACAACUUUUUUAAGCAGCCGUCUUCAGAUCCCUUUGGGAAUAUCGAUCCCUUCAGUGCAACUAACAACAACAAUUCCACAGCAGAAACACUGAAACAUAAUGAUCCUUUUGCUCCUGGUGGAACUGCUGUGACUGCAUCAAGUGAUCCAGAUCCCUUUACAUCUUUGUUUGGAAAUGAAUCAUUUGGCUGUGAUUUUGCUGAUUUCAGCACUUUGUCAAAGACAAACAAUGAGGAUCCUUUUGAUUCAUCUGCAACAAGUACUGCUAACAAUAUAGUUAUAACAAAAAAUUUGUUUGAGGAAGCUCCAGUCAAAAAUGAAGAUAUUCCUCCUGCUUUGCCUCCUAAAACUGGAACACCUACCAGGCCGUGUCCUCCCCCACCUGGAAAAAGACCUAUCCACAAAUUGGAGUCUUCAGAAUCAUUUAAAUUGAACGAUCCUUUCCAGACCUUCCCAAGUUCUGAUGGUUGCAAAGUACAGGAAGCUGAUCCAUUUGCUCCUAGUGGAGUAGGCAAAGAGAUGGAUUCCAGCAAUUUUGCUAAUUUCAAUGCUUAUCCUACUGAAGAAGAUAUGAUUGAAUGGGCAAAAAGAGAAAGUGAGAGAGAGGAGAAAGAGCGACUAGCAAGGUUGAAGCAGCAAGAGCAAGAAGAUUUAGAACUAGCAAUUGCACUCAGUAAAUCUGAAAUAUCAGAAGCAUGAAGGGUUUCCUCAAAUAUUUCUCCUUUUCCCUGGAUAUCUAAGCUAUACGUAAAGUAAAUCAGAAGUUACAUAUGAAUGGGAAAGUCAAAAAGGCUUUAAAUCCUGCAAAUGUGAUUUUUUGAGCAAUUAUCUUAUUUGUAACUUUUUCAUAUCCAUUAUUUUCAUUUGGCAAUUGUUUAAUAUAGCAAUUUUCCAUUUGUACUUACCUUGGAAUUCUUCUGGACUGUACACUAUUACACCAAAGUAGCUUAUUUUAACAUGCGAAAAAAGAAAACCCUGACAACUCUACAUUUUAAAAUUUGAACGCAGAUGCACAACAGUAUAUUGUGGACGAUUUCAAAAGACAAAUGUUUCAUGUAAAGUACUUUUUUUCUAUGUAUAAUAUAGAAAUUUCUUUGCAGCGUGGAAAUCUUUAAAAAUGCAGGUGUGUGUAAAUGUGUAAUGAACACAUUUGUCCUUUAAAGAUGGCUAGGUCAUAUAUAAGAGAUUUAUGUUCUAAAAUAUUCAUAGAUGGCAUGUUUUAUGUCUUUUCAGAAGGGUCCUAUUUGCAAUUCCUAUAAUACUGAAUUAUUUUAGUUCUUCCAGGUGGCCUGCAUUUGGCCUGUAAGUAAAACUGGUGAUAUAGUUAAUCAAAACAUAGUUAUUUAAAAAGAAAAAUCUAGCUUGCAAAUA